AUGAGUCUCUUCGAUCAGAGACGCAGGCAAUCACCCUCUCCUUCACCGUCGCCUUCACCAUCACCCUUCUUACAACGUACCCGCGGUGUGUCUCCGACGCGACGGACAUCCUCAAGAAGACUUUCUUCCCGUCCGACUGACACUGCACACCCCCUUCGUCAUUCAUCCUCUCGAAAGAUAUCUCGCAACAACCCACCCCACGUUAAUAACGAUAUUGCAAAAUCCCAGUUUGCCAUUAUGAACUCACGGCCACACACUCCUGUUCACCAAGAUUUUGCUAGCACCGACACUUCCUCCACAACACUCGUCAACCCAACGUCGACCAUUCUUCAAGACUUGAUCAAAGAACAACGCGCGACUCGAAGUGCCCGGAAGACCCCUCAACUGUCAGAAGAUGUUGAUAACAGGCCCACGACCGCUGGGUCGCAACCCCUGACGGCAGAGAACAGUCCCUCUGAGAAACAGCGACGGAUCAAUAGUUUUGCAUCCUCUGGCCAGAAACAGCCACGUGAUAUGGGCAUUCGCGAGAUGGAUCAGUAUGUGUCAAAGAUGAACAAGCUGAACUUCGACUUGAAACUUGAAAUAUUCCAUCGCAAGGAACAGAUUGCCGGCCUAGAGAAGAGAAUGGAGCGCAUGCAUGAGAUGGAGGAGGAGCUGAAACGGAUGCACGAUUUAGAGGAUGAACUAGACGAGCUGCGAGAAGUCGAGGAGAACAACCAACGGUUGCGAGAGGAAAACGAACAACUACAGUCAGAACUCGAUCGAAGAGACCAAGCUAUUAGCGAGGCUGUGGAGUUGAUUUGUCAUUUAGAGGCAAAGGUCGAGGAGUUGCAAACCGGUCGUGGAACCACACCGCUACCCAAGGAUGGUGGCUUCAAUGCAGUCGCUGAUGUCUCUGAAGUGCGCACGCCUAGAGCGCAAACCUUCGUGGACAUUCCUGAUCGGACAUCCUCAAGAAAGGGAACAGUCCGUCGGCCCCGCAAAUCGCCCUCUUUCUUGCGUGAAGAAAAUAGGAGCACUGCUGCUCUCCGAAGCCUAUUCCUACAAGAAGAAAAUAAAUCAGUGCGAUCAGUCAGUGCAUCGACUAGAGGGACUACUGUUGACUCAAUAGCGGACCCCCCAUCACCAAGAUUGAGUAUCCUGAGUGAAUGUAGCUACUUUGCUCCACAUGAUCCGGAGCCUAAGGGAACCGGAUUCGAUCAUUUGGAUCGCUUGGAUCAAAUGACUCUGGUCAACAACGAACACUCAGCUGUGGCCGCUACUCCUACAAAAGAUCUGCACAACGGCCAUCUCUCUGAUCGAAUUAGCGACUGGAUGUAUUUUGAUCAGCGCAGUUCACAAAGAAAAACCAGCAACGGCAAUCGAUACCGAGCUCGUGCUGUGUCUGACGUUUCUAGAGGCUCACACGUACCUAUCACCCAUCUCGACGAGCCGUUUCAGCCGAUGCGCAAGACCGGACGUACUCAGCAACUUAGCCCACGUCAACAGCACUUGGCUGAGUUCGGAGGCAACCUGCCGCCAACUCCUGAUACAAUGAGCACAUUUCGCCCUGCUUUCAAAAACGGAUCUAAUGUUAGCCUUCCCAUGGAUAAACUUACCAGAAGCGUAUUGAGCCGACCACGCUCAGCGGACGAACUUACAACACGAAGUAUUAGCAUGAGCACUCGUUCUGAUGGAAUCGAUACUGCAGCAAGUGUGGUUUCACAGCUUAAUGCGCAGAAUAGUCCUACCAACCUAUAUUCAUUCAACCAUUAUGGCAGAGGUUCGGCAAAAGCCACUUGUGUGUUAGGACCCGGAAGCCCGAGUAGUCCAAGAAUAAGCUGCUACGGUGGAGAUCUUCUUUUCAAUGGAGAAGGCGCUGAGAAUGUGGUCCGCACAUCAUCUUCUGAAUCUAUUACUCCAGCGUUGACGCCACAGGAAUGGCUGGAAGCAGCAAAGGCUGAAGACGAAACUAGCAAGGUGGAGCAUCCUAGCCCAGAGCUAGAAGCUGAAGAGAAGUUGCAUGAAGAGUUUGGAAAGGACGACUCUGCCGAUGAAAUCACAAUCGAAGAUGCCCAUACUCCACGUAACCCACCGCUUCGCCUUCAUGCCUGGGCUACCGAGUCUCAACCUAUGCCGGAGGUGCAGCAACAUCGCAGACGCCUGUCACUACGCCCUCGAUUCUUAACUCGAAACCGCCAGUCACAGGAUACACAGCCGGAGUCGGUGGUUACUUCCAAUACCAUACUUUCGCCUAUUCCGCAUAGGAAUUUGUUGAUUAGGCACCGACGAACUAGCUCAGGACCUGGGCUUAAUUCCGACGAAGAUCGUCGUCCUUCGACAGCUUCACGGCUAAUCACUUCUGACAGCCCAGAGCCUCGCAGCAAAGGAUCUCUUUUGUUGGGUUGGAUGAAAGGCUCACACAACAAGGAUACUGAGUCAUCUCCUACUGGCCACCUAGGGUUUGCUCGGUCUACGACAGAACGGCCCAAAUCUACCGCCAGCAUUGACGUUUCUUCUUUGAAUCUUGCUCGAGGCGGCGAGUUAGCAACACCUGAUGAUGAACCCGCCUGGCGGGCUCGGAGACGUUCUCGAAGGAUGGUAUAG